ACUACAGCUUUGUCAGCCCAGGGUUCAUUACCUUGGUCAUGAUAUUUCCCCUGGUACUCGUCAUUUAUCAGAUUCUCUGACUGGGUACUGUAGACAGUGGAUUUUAGGCUAUGCAACAAUGAUUAAACCUUUACAGGAUCUGACUAAGUCAGGUACUCCUGAGCCUCUUCCUUGGUCUCCAGAGGCUGAACGAGCUUUUGUUGCUAUCAAGCAAAGCCUGUCCAGUGCACCGGCCCUGGGACUUCCUGAUUAUGCUAAACAAUUUACUCUUUUCUGUCAUGAGCGUAAUGGGUUUGCUUUGGCUGUAUUAACGCAAAAGCACAGAGAUAAACACCGUCCCAUUGCUUAUUACAGUACGGCCCUAGAUGCUAUGGCAGCUGGAUUUCCCCCUUGCCUGCGUGCUGUGGCUGCAGGGGCCCUUGCUGUUCAAGUAUCUGAAUCCAUUGUCUUAGGAUCUCCUUUGAUUGUUGCUGUCCCUCAUGGUGUGGCUGCACUCUUGUUAAAAUCUAAGACACAGCAUCUAUCCACUUCUUGUCUUACAAAAUAUGAGCUUGUCUUGUUGUCUUCGUCUCAUAUUACUUUGGCUCGUUGCCCCGUUCUAAAUCCUGCCUCCUUGUUGCCUGGGCCAGAGGAUGGAGAACCACAUGACUGUGUGUCUGUGACGUCGGUCCUCUCCCGUCCAAGAGAUGAUUUGCUAGAUGUGCCUUUGCAAAAUCCUGAUCUUAUUUACUUCGUGGAUGGUUUGUGCUUGCGAGAUUCUAAGGGUAAAUUGGUUGCUGGUUAUGCUGUGUGCUCUGCCUAUGCUGUUAUUGAAAGUGCUUUUCUUCCUUCUGUGUUUUCUUCUCAAGUGGCCGAACUUGUGGUUUUAACUCGAGCCUGCAUUCUAGCUCAGGAUCAAGCAGUUACAAUUUAUACAGACUCUCAUGAUGCUUUUGGAGUGGUACAUGAUUAUGGUUUGCUCUGGAAGUAUAGAGGUUUCCUUACAUCCACUGGUUCUCCUAUUAAGAAUAGUCUGUAUGUUUCUGCUCUUCUGGAUGCCCUUGUAUUGCCCAAAGCUAUAGCUGUUGUUAAAUGCACAGCUCACCAGACCCUUCAUGAUGAAGUUACCCGUGGAAAUGCUUUGGCAGACUCUGCAGCCAAAGCAGCGGCCCUUUCUGCCCCUCAGGCUGAAUAUACUUUGAUUGAGCAGCCUCCACUAGCCUCCCUUGAGGAUCUGGCCAAGAUCCAGGAAGCAGCACCAGCAGCUGAGAAACGUUUUUGGAGUGCUAAUGGCUGUAUUCUACACCCUGACCAUCUUUGGCGUGCCCCAGCUGGUCGCCUGGUUGCACAGAAGAUGCUAAUGCCUUAUCUUGCUCAUGUAUACCACAGAAUGGCACACGUACGCAAAGGGGGGAUGGUUGCUGCAAUUAACCGAGAUUGGUGUGCGUUCGGUUUCCCAGUCAUUGCACAUCACUACUGUCAACAAUGUGUGAUUUGUCAACAGCAUAACAUUGUGGAUGUAUUUUCAAAUUGGGUUGAAGCUUUUCCCUGCAGGAAAGCAGAUGCCAGGACUGUUGUGAAACUUCUCCUUAAAGAUUUUGUACCACGAUUUGGCAUCCCUGUGAGUAUCAGCAGUGACCGUGGAACUCAUUUUACUGGACAGAUUGUAAAAGAGUUAUGUGCAGCUUUGCAGAUCCAACACAACCUUCACUGCCCCCACCAUCCGCUGUCUGCCGGGGCAGUGGAACGCCAUGAAUGGAAUUCUGAAAAAUAA